AUGGCCAACCCAGCCCACCUCCGAGGGGAUGAAAAUGCGCCACCAGGCAAGAACAACCCAUCAUCAAACCCUGCCAUGACUUCUGCAUCCAAGGCUUCGGUCACGGUUCCGCCGACUGAAGAAACUCUCACUCAAGCCCCCGACUACCGUCCCAAGGCGCACGUAAUCCACAUGCCGUACUACCAGCCUCCGUACGAAAGCCCUAUCGAUGGCCGUAUCUGUCACCAUUUCGAUGACUCGGAAGAUUACAAGCAAUAUUGUGACGAGCAAGGCAAAGUCAAGUUCCCUUCUUUCACUAAAGCGUUCUACAAGAAGUGGCAUGAUUUGAACCACAGCAUAGCGCCACCUCUCUUCUCGAGCCUUGAGAUUCGCACUUGUGUGACUGGCGCUUCCAGAGCUACCACGCCUGAUGACAUGGAGCCCGAAAGAUCACCGCCGUUCUUUGCUGUUAGCAUUGAUCAGGCUGCGAGUCCUCGAUUGGAUCAAAUCUACCAACUUUUCAAAGGCUUUCUUGAAGUGGAAUUUCCACAACGCACGUGGCCGGAGUGCUACCAGAACGAUCAAAUUUUGAUCCGCCUUUUUGCGAUUCCGCGAGGUGUGCCAUUCUAA